GUCUCUUUUCAUUUUUCUUAAUAGAGCUUCUUGGGUUGGGUCUUUUUUAUGAAUUUGGUCAAAGAAAAACAAGGAAAACAAUGUUAUAUAGCAGACAACUUUAUUUAAUCAAAUGGAAAACAAUGUUAUAUACUGUGAAGAACAGUAAAGAAUCAUUAUUUGCAAUUCAAGAGUAAGACAAGACUGGAGUCACUGAACCUGAAGCGACAUCAGAUUCCUUUCAGGCCAGAAAAUGUACCAUCAUCACCACCAACCUGCUAACAUGCACCCUUCUACAAGAAUGUCUUUCCCUGAAAGGCAUCUGUUCCUGCAAGGCGGGAACACUAAUGGAGACUCAGGGCUUGUUCUUUCGACCGAUGCUAAGCCAAGAUUGAAAUGGACACCAGACCUCCAUGAGAGGUUUAUAGAAGCAGUCAACCAACUAGGUGGAGCAGACAAAGCCACACCAAAAUCAGUUUUGAAACUUAUGGGGAUCCCGGGACUAACCUUGUACCACUUAAAGAGCCAUCUUCAGAAAUACAGACUAAGUAAGAACCACCAUGGACAAGCAAAUACUAUCGGAGCCAAUAAAGCUGCAGCAAGCAUGGAGAAAAUAUGUGAGAGCGCUGGAAGCCCUAUGAGCAAUCCAAGCAUUGGACCCCAACAAAACAACAACUUACCAAUAAGCGAAGCAAUACAAAUGCAAAUUGAAGUUCAAAGAAGGCUUCACGAGCAGCUUGAGGUGCAACGCCAUUUACAGCUAAGGAUAGAGGCUCAAGGGAAAUAUUUGCAGGCUGUGCUCGAGAAAGCACAAGAAACACUUGGAACACAAAACUUGGGAACAAUCGGAUUAGAGGCAGCUAAAGUUCAACUGUCUGAUUUGGUAUCCAAAGUAUCCAACCAAUGCCUUAAUUCUACUUUUUCAGAGAUACAAGAACUUUCAGGAUUUCACACACCACAAACGCAAGCAACCCAACGGUUAGCAGAUUGCUCAUUGGAUAGCUCCUUAACCUCCUCUGAAGGCCCCUUGAGGGACCUGCAGGAAAUGCAUAAUAACCAGAUUGGGUUGAGGACUUUAAACUUUGGACCAUGUACGGACGCUAUUGAAAAUCAGACCAGGUUACAGCAGACUGAACUAAGAUGGCGUGACGACAUCAAGGAGAACAGAAAAUUGUUUCCCAAAAUGGAUGAGGAUACAGAGAAAGAAUUUGCCAAAGAGACAAACUGGAGCAACUUAUCAAUGAAUGUUGGAAUUCAAGGAGGAAAUCGGAAUGUUAACAGUAGCUACGUUGAUGCAGACAUGAAACUUUUUCACCAAGCUGCUGACAGAAGUGAUUCAAUGAAACCGGAGAAGCAGAUGUCAUCACAAGAGUAUAAGCUGACUUAUUUUACUCCAAAGCUGGACCUAAAUACGGACGACCAAACUGAUGCUGCUUCUAGUUGUAAGCAACUUGACUUAAAUGGUUUCAGUUGGAACUGAGAGAUUCAUCUCCACACAGAAGGCAAAGCAUGAGUAAUUUUAUGUUCUCAAACAGAGGCCUGUAUGUGUGAAACUAAGCUGAUGCUCCUUUUAGAAGGAACAAAAAUAACGUGUAGCAAUUAGAAUUCAAGCUAUUAUAUAUAUGAUACUGUAACACCAUUGGAUC